CACGUGUGUUGACCGUGUUAGAUUUUAUUGUUUUUACUUUUAUUUUGGAAUAUCGUUGGUUGUAUCUUGUUCGUUUUGACAUUUUUUUUUAAUGUUUGUGUUAUGUUUGGAUUUUGUUGAAUUGUUCCCCCAACAAGUAACAACAAUCUUCCUGUCUUCACAUCAGCGGCUCCAUCAUGUUCAUCCUAGCCAAACUGCAGGACGUGGUGCGCAUCCCUCCGGUGGUAGUUCACAAACUGCUCACCGAGGCCAUCACCGAGGAGCUGAACUUCAAGCUCUCCAACCGCGUCCUGUACUCGGUGGGCCUGUGUAUCGCGCUGCACGACAUCGUCAAACUGGAGGUCUUCAUCCUGCCCGGUGACGGCGCCUCGCACAGUCGCACCACGUUCCGCUACGUGGUGUUCCGGCCGUACGUCGACGAGGUGCUCACCGGGCGGAUCAAGAGCUGCAGCAGCGACGGAGUGCAAG